CCCUCGCUGACAGCUGCAGCGUUGGUUUGGUUGCCGUGGCAGCGGGAGGAGGGGGGCGGAGCUUCGGCCGCUCCGACUAGUCUGCCACUGGUCUGCCACAUAGUCACAAUACAACACAACACCACCUGCAACAACGGAUUGACAAGGGCCUGUGGCCAUGGCUAAAGACCCGUUAGCCGAGGCAGGCUUUUAUUUUGAUGAACUCAACAAGCUGCGGGUACUAGAGCCUGAUGUCAGCCAGAAGACCUCAGAGCUCAAGGAGGAGUGUAAAGAAUUUGUGGACAAAAUCGGCCAGUUUCAGAAGAUAGUUGGUGGUCUUAUCGAGUUGGUGGAUGAACUGGCGAAAGAAGCAGAGACGGAAAAGAUGAAGGCAAUUGGAGCCAGGAACCUGCUGAAGUCGGUGGCAAAGCAAAGAGAGGCCCAACAGCAGCAGCUUCAGGCUCUGAUAGCUGAGAAGAAGAUGCAACUUGAAAGAUAUCGUAUCGAGUAUGAAGCUCUGUCCAAAGUGGAGUCUGAGCAGAACGAGUUCAUCGACCAGUUUAUUCUGCAGAAGUGAGGACUCGACCAGACUCAAAAUGUCCACCUUUUCCAGAGUGCCUGUCCUGUUUUCUCUGGGUGAUGCCCUCUUCAGAGAAUUACUCUGCUGCAGCUCUGUUUCUGAAGCAAUCCCAAAGCUCCAGCUUCAUUUGAAAACCUUAAUUUCCUCUUUACACAUUUCUUUUUUUCUUCUCAGACGUGGUUGUGUAUGUGAAGCAACAGUCGGCCUUGAAUUACACUUGAGCGUUAAGUUCUGUUCACACCAAAUGUCUCAGUUCAACAUGAAAAGUGGAGCUAUUUAUACAAAUGAACACUAUUUAUACUAUUUAUACAGAAGAAUUAGUCUGUAGCUCUACUUUUAUUACUUUUUGUAUCAAUUGAAAUAAAAUACUGCAUGUGCAUGCAUUUGUAAAUACGUUUUAAAGUUAAAGAUGCACGGAUCAGGGCGUUCCCUGGUUUCAUUCCACUCUACCGGUACAGCCAGUCAGUCAUCUGUUAUGUAUAUCAUUGUCUUUCAUGCAUUAAUUAGAUAGAAAUGGUUAUACUUGAAUACUGUAUAAUGCACAAAAAUGUCCUUUUUGCUGUUAUGAUAAUGGCAAAAUUUAACAUUGUGCUAUUAAGUAUUGUUUCAAUAAAGAUUACUUAUCCAUA